AUUAAAAGUAGGCAGCAUUGGGGAAUUUUCAUCUCAUCCCUUCUUUUUUGCAGCCUUCUCAAUUGUAAUUGGGUUUCAAAAGGGUAUAUGGGUCCCCAGGCCAUAAGAACAUGGGCAGCCCUUGUGGCAUGCCUUGCUAUCUUUCAAGGACUCGUGCUUUGUGUUCAUGCUCAUGGUGAUGUAAAUUACAAGGACGCCCUCACCAAGUCCAUCGUUUUCCUUGAGGCUCAAAGGUCCGGGAAGCUCCCUACCAACAAUAGACUUGCAUGGAGGGGUGACUCUGCCAUCGACGAUGGAAAACAAGCAAAUGUUGACCUUUCUGGGGGAUACUAUGACGCCGGGGACAACGUCAAGUACGGUCUUCCGAUGGCUUUCACGGUGACAACUCUGUCGUGGGCUGCCAUCUUUUACAAGACACAGCUUCAAGCUACCGGGGAACUGGAAAAUGUUCUCUCAGGCAUAAAAUGGGGCACUGAUUACUUUCUAAAAGCCAGUGCUCGAAAAGGCAGAUUAUACGUUCAGGUGGGAGACCCUAAUCAGGACCAUCAAUGUUGGGUUCGACCAGAAGAUAUGCAGACACCAAGAACUGUGUUGGAGAUCAAUGAGAAAACGCCUGGAACUGAAAUUGCAGCUGAAACCUCAGCUGCCAUGGCUGCUUCUGCAAUUGUGUUUAGAAGCAUUGAUCGUGUUUAUUCUCGUCGCCUCCUCAACAAAGCCAAACUGCUUUUCCAACUUGCUAAAUCGCAUAAAGGAACCUACGAUGGAGAAUGCCCUUUCUACUGUUCUUACUCUGGCUACAAUGAUGAGCUAUUGUGGGCAGCAACAUGGUUGUACAUGGCCUCAGGGAAGCCAAUGUAUCUAAAGUACAUCCAAGAAGAAGCCAUCAGCGCUAAUGUGAAUGAGUUUAGCUGGGACCUUAAAUACGCCGGAGCCCAAAUCCUUCUCACCAAGCUGUUCUUUAAAGGAGAAAAAACCCUAGAAAACUACAAGAACCAAGCAGAAAGUUACAUUUGCUCAAACCUCCCAGACAGCCCCUACAACCAAAUCACAAUGUCACCGGGCGGCUUGAUCCACCUGAGAGAUGGCGCCAACACCCAAUACGUCACCGGUACUGCCUUCUUGUUCAGCGUCUACAGCGACCUGCUGGCCCACCACAACCAAAAAGUGAACUGCGGAGGCAAACAAUUUGACUCUGCAGCCAUAGCUACCUUUGCCAAGAAGCAAAUGGACUAUCUGUUGGGCCAAAACCCAAAAGGAAGAUCCUACAUGGUUGGCUUUGGACCAAACGCUCCCAAACAGCCUCACCACAGAGGAGCUUCGGUGCCAACGUCUGGAAGUAACGGCGUCAGCUGCGCCAUGAGCUUUGUGUACUGGUUCAAGAAGGACGUGCCAAACCCUAAUGAGCUGACUGGGGCCAUCGUCGGUGGGCCCGACAGGUUUGACAACUUCGAGGACAAACGUUGGGCUUCGUCGUACACUGAGCCAUGCACUUACGUGAAUUCGCUCGCAGUUGGAGCCCUAGCCAAGCUUGCAGCUUGAAGACUCGUAUAUCCGUCCCAAACCCUAAAUCCUAAUCCCAUGCAUGACAUUUACAUUGAUAGGAAGAAGUUUGGGAUUUUGAUAUAACUUUUGUUAAAAUUAAAAAUUAAAAAAAAAACCCAAAUGUACCAUUUGUUGUAAGAAAGCUGUAAAAAGAAGGGUGUAAAAUAGUGAAAGUUGAAUAUAUAUCUUUCUUUGGCUUUUGUGAAA